UCAAUCAUCAUCUACACAAACUUGAGGAAACCUUGUUUUCAUUUUUUCUUUUUCUUUUUUGGAAAAGUGGGAUAAACAUGCUUGGUGUUAACCAUGUUAUGAUGAAGGGGAAAAGGCAGAGCAAAAGGAAGAAAAAGGAUAUCAAGGUUACUUAUAUUUCAAGCCCUGUGAAGGUUAAGACUAGUGCUUCUAACUUCAGAGCCACAGUGCAAGAACUCACUGGCCAAGACUCCAACGUUGCUGAAAUGUUUGUGGAAGCUAAUGAUACUGAUGGGGUUGUUCAUAAAGGUUCAACUCAUCAAUGGACUGAGGCCUAUUUGCCUGAGUCUACUUGGUUGAAACCUGAUUACAGUGAGUUGCAUUCGAGAUCCUUGAUGGAACAAUUAAACGGAGACCUUCAAUUUGAAUUGUUGAGCUAUGAUAUGUUGUAGAUUUACAUAUGUAUAACUAUGUAUGUAUGAGCUAGUUGUGGAUUGAAGGUGGAUUAUGAGUAUAUGUACAUUUUUAUGCAUAUAUAAAUAUGAAGUUUUGUAUGA